UAAUAUAAUAUCCACAAAAAACUAAUUAAUAUAGUUAAGUAAUACAAAAUAGCAGAUAUGAAUUCUUAAACUUCAAAAUGCUAUUUUAAUGAAGCAAAAAUAAAGGAUAUGGAAAAGAAAUAAUAUUAUACAAAUGUGGUUAAUAUAUCUUCUCUAUUUGUCAUACUUCUAUUAAUUUCAUUAUAGGCUAUUUAAUAAUAGAUUAUUUUAUUAGGGAUUAUGAUUUUGAUGCUAGGCAUAAAAUUUUUAAUUCUAGGUAUAGUUUAAAUAAGAUUAGCAAUUAUAAAUACAAAUAAUUUAAUUUAAAAAAAUGAAAUAACUUCAAGGAAAGGCUAAUAUUUCAAAUUAAAGUAUAUAUGCUAGAGAAUAAUUAACUUAAAAUAUAUAAGAUACUAUUUUUUAAUUUUGUAGAUUAUAAUUUAUAUAUGCUUCUUCGAAUUAAUGAUAAUGCAAUACUAAUAAAUAGAGUAAGUUAUAGUCUGUAUGAUGAUACUUUCUGGAUUGAUUAAUAAUUUAAGCUAAACGCUUCAUUUAAAAAAAAUAAGAUUGUAUACGUUAGCUUUAAUCUAAACUUACACAUUUUUGAGAAUAUGGAUUCAUUAUGAAAUAGAUUCUUAUUUUUUUAUAUUCAAUAUUCUAUUUAUUAUUUAUACAAUAUCACACUUUAAGUACUUUUUUGGGAUGUAAAAUAUAUAAAGAUUAAAUUAAAAAAUGCAUCAAUAGAAAGUAGACCUAAAAUUAAAUUUAUAUAAAAAAAUUCUUGAAUCAACUCCAGGAGGUAUAGCAGUUAUAAGUUCUGAAAGCAAGCUCCUUUAUUCCAAUUCUUUUCUUUAAAAAAUCUUAAAAGUAAAGUAGAGGGGAGAUGUAAUAUAAGUUUUAAGUAACAUAGGAAAAGCAUAAAAUUAAAAUUUAUAGAAUUCUCAUGAAAUAAUAAGUGAUUAGAUAUAAAAAACAGAAGGUAUUUUUCUUGUAAAACCAAUUUAAUCAUAAAGAGAAAACAAUUAAAAUAAAUUAACUUAGUAGUUAAGUUAAGCAAAUAAUAAUUAAUAAGUAAAUUAAGAAUUUCCUAUUUCAUAACCUAGCAUAGAGAAUAUUAAAUCUCAUAAAUUUAAUUAAAAUCAAAUAAGUUGUGAAAAUUAAUAAAAAGAUAUUAAAAAUAUUAAAUAUUAAAUGGCAAAAAGUGAAAAAUUAGUUUAAGAACAUGAAGAGAACUAUAAAAAAAAACUGAAAGGAAUAAACAUAUCAGAGGAAAAGUUAAAAAAUAGAGAGUAGCAAAAAAUAAAGCAAAAUAUUUAAUAUCCUAAUUAUUUACAUUUAAGUUAGCAAUCUUCUGAUAGUCUAAAUAUGAUAAAGUUUCAGAAUUAAAUCACUGAUUAACUAUAAAAAUCAUUCAGGUUUGGCUCUGCAAAAAAUAUUACAAAUUAACAUAAUAACAAUACAAAAGAUGAAAACAGUGAAGGUUUAUCAUUUUAAGAGCUCACAAUUUCAUUUAAUGACUCAGAAAAAGAUGCAAAUUGCUAAAAUCCGUAAAUAAACCAAUAAAAUUAAAAUGAAGAUAACUUCAUUUAGAAAAAUGUAGUUGAGCAAAGUUAAAUGAAAUCAUUUAAAUCCUUGACUUUUAAAAACUAAAAUAAAAGAUUUUCAGUUAAUUUAUGUAAAAAAGUGUAAAGUUAAGAUGAAAAACAAGAAAUUUAUUAAUAAAUAAGUGCCUAAGAUAUUAAAAAUUUAGAUAAAUUGAUUUAUGAAUAGUAAAAAAACAAUUCAAUCAGAAAAAAUAGUAUCCUAAGCUCUAAGAUUAGCGAUUUUAAAAGCUCUAAAAGUAAGAAAUUUCUAUAGAUGAUGGAUGGUAACAAAAAAAGUAGCUUGAUAUUAGGAGCUAGUUUAGAAAUCCAAAGAAAGCAAAUAACAAAUAAAAAUGUUAAUUUUUCAAGUGAUUCAUUUAACUAAAUUCAAAAUUAGUAAUUUUAGGUAAAGUAAAAUGAAUCUAAUGAUAUUAUAGCAAAAAAAACUAGUGUAAGUGAAAUUAUAAGUUAAAUUUUCUCAAAAAACACUUCAUAACAAUUAUAAAACUAAGAUAUCAAAGGCAAAGUUUCCAUAUUGUAAAAUAAACAAAGUGAAAUCUAAAAAUUUUUUAAAUAAAAUGAAGAAGAUAAAAAAUAAAACUAACAUCUUGAUAAUACUGUAGAUCUACCUAAACUUAAUGAUAAAAGAAAAUCAUUUAUAUCUUAGCUUAAGUAACAGUAAGAAGAAAUUCAUUACAUGCAAUAAUGUGAUGGUAUAACUAAACUCUAGGUUAACUAUAAUAAUUAAGACUUACUAUUUAAGUUUGUUCCGUUAGAUUUGAGUGAUGAAAAAGAUAAUAAUUCAAAUCAUGUUCUUAUUUUAGUAUCAGAUAUAUGGAGAGAGUUGUUUUAAAAGAAGGUAUCAGAAAUACAAAAAGAAAAAAUGAAAAUAUUUGCAAGUUUAUCUCAUGAGCUAAGGACACCUCUAAAUUGCUCUAUUUCUAUGCUUGAAGUACUUAGAGAUGAGAUCUAGUCAUCCAACCCAACUUAUAUAGAAGAGUAUUUAAAUCCUGCCUUAUUUUCAAAUAAAUUAUUGCUUAAUUAAAUUAAUGACAUUUUGGAUUUUGUGUAACUAGAUAGUGGUAAAUUUAAAUAUACUUUUUUUGAUUUCAAUUUAUAAGGGCUGUUAAAAGAUUGCUAAAAAUUAGUUAGUAUUUAAGCGAAAAUGAAAAACAUAGAGAUCAAAUUAUUUAUAGAUCCAGAUGCUUCAGAUAUUAUUUGCUCUGAUCCAAACAGAAUUCGUUAGAUUGUAUUGAACUUUCUUUCCAAUUCAUUGAAAUUCACAAAGUAGGGAUAUAUUGAAAUUGGAUUUGUUUAAAUUUCUUAUGGAUUAUAUAAACUUUAUGUGAAAGAUACGGGGAUAGGUAUUACAGAAGAAAACUUAUAAAAGCUAUUUACUUUCUGUACAAAAAUAAAAUAUGAUAAAUAAGAUGAAGGACUCAAUAAUCAAGGAUGUGGUCUUGGCUUAACCAUUUCCAAUUCAAUAGCAUAAGGCUUAGUAAAUAGGCAAAAUUAAGAAGGAGGAAUAACAGUCGAAUCUGUAUAUGGCUAGGGAUCCACUUUCAGCAUUAUAAUUCAAGAUAUGAAUAUUACUGAUUAUGAAGAAAAAAACCACAAAAUGAAUGAAAUACUGGAGUAACUUAACAGCUCAUUCAAAAAAAUAAAGUAGUAAAUUUAAACUACUUCAUAAGAAGAACAAAAAUAAGGUAAAGGUAAUAGUGAUAGUCCUAACUAAGCAAACCUUUCAAAGGGUUCAAACUAUUACUUGGAAAAUCUGUCAAGGUAACUUGGUGAAAAAAACUCAAAAAAAAACUAUGAAGAUUUUAAUAGUAGUAUUGAUUCUCAUAGGAGUUAAGAAUAAUAAGUAAGCAUUAGAAACUAUUCGAAAUCAACAAUUUGUCAAAAACAAGUAAGGAAAAAGGAAGAUAAAAUUUCUAGUGGUGAAUUAAGAAUUUAGCAAAUAUUAGCAACAAGCUAGCUGAAGAUUGAUUCAACAGCAAUAUUCGAUGACGAAAAUGAUUAAAAAACAAAAUAGUAUCAAUAAACAAACCUAUUUGAGUAUCACAAUUAACAUUUAAAUAGAUUUUAAGAAGAUUCUUUUUAGGAAAAGAAAUAAGAACUUGUUAAUCCCCCUAACUAUGCUUCUAAUAGCUAUAGAAAAUUAGAGUAAGGAAACCAUUAACAGAAUGAAGUCUUUAAGAACUCAAAAAGAGAUUCAAUUUUAAAUAAUAUAGUUGGAGAUGUUUAGUCAUCUCAAUAGAUAGAAUAUUCUCAAAAAUAUUUUUAAGAAUAAAAAAUAGGAUAAAAUCAAGUUAAAAAAGAAAAAAGCAUUACUUCUUUUCAAAACUAGAAGACCAAAACAGCAGUAUCAUUCAAGACUUUAAAUACAGAUUUAUAAGAAUAACAAAAACCCCAUUUCGAAUAAGAAGGAUUCACAUCUUAUAUGGGAAUAUACAAUAAAUUUAAUUCACUUAUAUAUGAAUCUUAUGAUAAACAGUCACUCUGCUAAAGUGAAAAUCAAGAUUAAUACAAUUAUUAGAUUGAUGAUAUCAUCGAAAAGUAAUAGGAAUACCCAGCAUCAUAAUCUAAUCCUUAAGACAUAGUUAAAGAUAUUAUAUAAAAAAAUUUGAACAAACCUAUUUUAUGCUAGUGCCCUUAAAUUGUAAUUGUUGAUGAUAAUUAAUUCAAUUUAUAUGCUUUAUCAAAAAUUAUUUAAUAGUACUCAUUUACUUUAUAAUAAAUUUGUGAUGGAGCUUAAGCAAUUGAAACUUUGAAAAACUUGUAUUUUAAGAACUGUUGUUUAGCUCCUAAAAUAAUUUUUUUGGAUAUUGAAAUGCCCUUUAAAAAUGGGUACGAAGUAGCGAAAGAAUUAAAUUAAUUUUAUGAAUCAGUUAAUUUUUAAUAUCCACCUAUAAUAAUAGCAUGUACGGCCUAUGUAGGAUAAGAGGACCGCUAAAAAGCAAUUGACUCUGGAAUGGAUGAUUUUAUAAAUAAACCUAUCCUAAAAUCUGGCUUUCAACAGUUAUUGAUAAAUUGGUCAGACUAAAUUUUAUGA